UAAAUCUCUUGGUUGAGUUAUAACGAAGUUGCCUCGGGUCGAAGGACUUAUUACCCAGUACCCACACUAUGAUGGUGUCGUUCGGAGAUCCAUGGCCGGAAUUGAACGACGGCAUAUACUACCGUGAUCUCGUCCGCGCCACCGAUACUGGGGCGACAUUGAUUGAGUUCUACUCGAGGAAGUACGAAAAUUCUGCUCCUUUGAACGGCUGGUUGCAGAGAAUUUGCAAUAAGCAAAUAACUGUAGAUGGCAAUGUUGCGACGGACCCCGAUUUGAUCCUCAGGGGGAAUGAAGAGCUAGUUUAUCACCGGCUUCCUUGGAGAGAGCCUGAUGCUCCCUAUUUGCUGGAAAUUCUUUAUGAAGAUAAUGAUGUGAUUGCUCUGAAUAAACCCUCAGGGUUACAAGUUCUACCUGGAGGAUUAUUCCAGCAGAGAACAGUCUUAACCAUACUACAACGCCAUGCACGCAGUCAGGCCAUGUCAGGAUGUCAGGAGCUUCAGCCUGUUCCAGUUCACCGACUUGGAAGGGGAACAUCAGGAAUACUACUUUGUGCAAAAACAAAGUUUGCAAAAUCACGACUGGCAUCAUUUUUUGCGGAUGGGACAUCAAUGGUUGGGUUAUGUAGAAAAAUGGAUCUACGACAAAACGUAACAAGGAAUAUAAAAAAGCUAUACCGAGCCCUAGCCAGUGGGGUGAUCGUUGAGGAUGAGAUUGUCAUUAAUCAACCCAUUGGACUGGUCAGAUAUUCUGGUGUUGCCAAGGGGUUGUAUGCUGCCUGCCCUUCAGGGAAAUCAGCCUUGAGCAAAGUUACUGUUUUGAAGAGAGACUUGCAGAGAAACUCUACAUUGGUGCAGGUUGAAAUCCAAUCUGGGAGGCCACAUCAAAUUCGAAUUCAUCUUUCUUAUAUUGCGCAUCCAUUAAUAGGUGAUCCUCUUUACAGCAUAGGUGGAGUACCAGACUUCUCUGAUCAUGAAUCUCUAGAUCAAAGCUUUGCUCAAGAUGGAGGAUAUAAAAGACCUGAAAAACCUGUUCCGGGGGACUGUGGAUAUAAUUUACAUGCACACCGUGUAGUUUUUCCCCAUCCUGUUACAAAUGAGAUCAUUCAGAUCACUGCUCCUCUUCCACCUAUUCUACAGAUGCAAGAAGAAUCCACAGCAGAAGAUGGUUUGUACCGACUCUGAGCAGCAUCUCUGUUGUUGCAAUAUGUUUGGUUUUGGCUAAGUGUUAACACCAUAAGACAUCAUCUCGACGUUCUGGAAUCAGACCUGGUAAUUCAUCAUCUCCCGCCAUUGCGAUGUCUCUGGAUUAUAUUUGAAUAUGAUUACAUUGCUCCAUUUUUGUGCUCUCCUUAUAUCCCUUCAUGCACUGCUAAUAUCUAUAGUCUUGAUGAGUGUCAAAUGUUAUGCUUUAUCUAUAUAAGAAUACUUAGUGGUUAUCAAAAUUACUCAUUCUUCUUAGUUGAAUAUGCCAAAUUGAGCAUAGCAUAGAACUUGGAAUCACUGCAGUUUUUAGUCGAUUGGAUAUGUAGAACCACAUUUCUAGUUCUAGAAGAUUGAGACUCAAUGUUGUGCUGUGCUGUAUAUUUUAUCUUCA